ACCGAGAUGCGGCUGAUAGUAUAAAUAAAUCCUCUCGUGUUUAAACGAGACCAGAGAAGAAAACUGAACAAUGUUUCUCUCAGCCAUAGUCGAUCUCUUGCAUUUUGUUUUUCAGGUGUGCAAGUCUGUCAGCCACCUUCACAUCUUCAGUGAUGUGGUGGGGUGGGCGCGCACCUGGAUGGGGCUUAUUUUUCGAAAUGUGCCGGGUCCUGGAAAAAAGGAUGUGCAGAAAGGAGAGGGGGACAUCGACAGAAUACUUAGGAAAAGCAAUAAUACAAACGCACCAACUCCCAGCAGCGUCAACUACCAUUUCACACGGCGGUGCAAUUAUAAAUGCGGGUUUUGCUUUCAUACCGCAAAAACGUCUUUCGUGCUGCCCCUCGAAGAAGCAAAGAGAGGGUUGCGUUUGCUGAAAGAAGCAGGAAUGGAAAAGAUUAACUUUUCUGGUGGGGAACCCUUUAUACAUGAGAGAGGCGACUUUCUCGGAAAACUGGUCCAGUACUGCAAACAUGAUCUUCAGCUUCCGAGUGUCAGCAUAGUAAGCAAUGGAAGCAUGAUCAGGGAGAGGUGGUUUCAGAAGUAUGGUGAAUACCUGGACAUCUUAGCUGUCUCUUGCGACAGCUUCAACGAGGACACCAACGUUCAGAUCGGCCGCACCCAAGGUCGUAAAAGUCACGUGGAGAACCUGAAACAGGUGCGAGACUGGUGCCGUCAAUACAAGGUGGCGUUCAAGAUCAACUCCGUCAUCUGCAGCUACAACGUGGACGAGGACAUGAGAGAGCAGAUAAUGGAGCUGAACCCCAUUCGCUGGAAGAUAUUUCAGUGUCUGCUGAUCGAGGGAGAGAACGUUGGGGAGAGUGCCCUCAGAGACGCAGAGAAGUUCGUCAUCAGCGAUGAACAAUUUCAAGAAUUCCAGGACCGGCACAGCGACAUCCAGUGUCUGGUUCCAGAAUCCAAUCAGAAGAUGCGCUUUCUCGAUUGCAGAGAGGGACGGAAGGACCCCUCGAAGUCCAUCCUUGACGUGGGUGUGGAGAACGCCGUUCAGUUCAGCGGCUUCGACGAGAAGAUGUUUCUAAAGAGGGGUGGCAGAUAUCUGUGGAGUAAAACUGAUAUGAAACUGGACUGGUGAUUUCCGGAAGCCAGUGGAUUGAGCUGUUUGUUUUCUUGAGGUUUUUUUUUUUUUUUUCGUGAAGUAUAUUGAAAUUCACUGUAUAUUGCUAUAUUUCUAAAAAUAUAUAAUUAUUUUUAACUUUUACUUGUGUUUCUGUGUAUUACAUUGUCUACAAUAAUUUCCAUCGUAGUUCUCCUAUAAUUCUAUUCUUUUUAUUUAUUAAUAUUGAUUUUAAGCUAAUUUCUUUGCAUUUCAUU